AUGACAACGCCGAAUGAACAACCUUUACACAAUAACAUUCCUUCAGAAACAAUCAGACUUAGUGAUAAUAAUGACAAACAUAUGGCCGAGACGCCCACAACAUUCUCCAAUCAAUUGACGCAUUCUUCUAUCAUUUUCCCGUUCAUGUAUGGCCAUGAUAAAUGGCCUUUAAAGGUGGAGAAUGCAUUCAUGGAAGCAUUACAAUUGAUAGUAAAAAAUGGGACAUCAAAGAUAAAAAUAAGAAACAAAAAUUAUGGUAGAAAUGAAUUGAUAUCUUUGUAUAUUAAGCACCACACUGGGGAAGUUAGGACUAAGAAGCAAAUUUCAUCACAUAUUCAAGUAUGGAAAAAAUCCAUUUUAAAUAAAAUUUCAGGCGAGAUGGAACUAACACCAUUGGACAAACAAAUUCUUGCUUUAAUCGAAAAAGGGCCAAAACAAAGCGACGUAAAUGUUACAAAUUUUUUUUCCACCUUCGAGGCAAUCAUAGAAAAUGAAAAUAAUAAUAUUUUCAACCAUUCGGUUACAAAUAAUGCCGGGAUAGAACCCUUGAAAAGCAAUCAAGUCAGUCAACAGAAACAGAUAUUUUACAACCAAGUCGGGACACUUCAAAGUAAUUUUCCAACAAGAGAAAACCCAGUAUAUGGGUAUGUGCCAGUUGCCGGUACAAACAAUACAAAGGAAUCUCUUCCUGUACCGUAUCCUCCUACUGUUACACCGCUAUUAAACGGCCAUUAUUCAGAACCAAACUGGCCACCGAUUCCAACUAACCGCAAUGGAAACUUUCAAUAUUUGGGGAAUGCAUCUGAAGCAGCGGUAACGAACAGAACCAGCUGGCCAAACAAUAACAUAUCAAAGCCAUGUAAUGAUAGCUGGAGUGCGGGCUUCGUGAGGGCUACAGGCCCAGACAACUCUUAUAGCCAAAAUCACUCACAGAACAACCAUAACCUACAGCCCGUGCUUCCUUCCGUUCACCAUCCAUACUUUAGGACACCGGCUAAUAUUAGUUCGUCUGUUUUACCACCAUUAUCAUCAUCAGCAUCAUUGGCAGAGCCACCUAAAAUGUAUAUUCCCUUAAGGACAUACUCACAGCCAAAUAAUGAGAUGAUUGCACCUUCCUUUGCAGCAUCAAAUGGAAAUCCUAUAACACAGGGCCCACUUCCGUUGCAUGCUGAUCAUCAGCAAUUUUCACGUCUUCCUAACGCAUCAUCAUCCCAACUUACUAAUCUCCCAAUUUCUUUGUCAAGAAACGUACCCAAUAACGACCCUAACCAACCCGUUAUGAUCCCCACGUUCACAGAAUAUUCACAAUUAGCAAGACCGCAUAUUACGUCAGCCCGAAGGAACACAGUGGAUUUAAAUAAUAACACUGGUAGGGAAAAACCAAAUGGUUCUCACUUAGAUCGAGGAUUAUUCCCUUUAGGUGACGCUCAGGAACAUAAAAAUUGA